AUGCAGGAAGCUUUUGUUAUCAAGAAGGACGCCAUACGGCCAGCGAAUGCGUUUCCUUCCUCGACAUCACCAUGUCCGGCGCUUUUCAUCCCUUCCCUUGGCGACUUGAUCCAAUUCGUCUACGGCGAGGAUGGAAUGGAUGGUGCUUUCAUUGAAAAGCAAGACAUCGCAAUCUUCGCUAUGGACGACGAAAAAUUCCGCCACAACUACCGAGUGGAUGUGACAGACGAGAAGGGUGGUUUCAUGGGUGUUCUCCAACUCGGCCUGGAUGACAGCUCGUUGGAAUUAUUGGCCAAACUGGACGAGGAAUACGCACAACUUUCUGACGACCGCAACCUGCUGCGAACCUUCAUCUUCCCCCGUGCUGACAACACGACCAACUUCUAUCUUCCCGUCAACAUGCAGCGCAUUAUCCAAAAUGCCACCCAAAUUUUCCGUAUCGAUCGCCGCCAACCUAGUGACCUUCGGUCAACCUUUGCAACACAUGUCCACGAGCGGUUUUAUCUAGCUCGAGAAGCAUGUUGCAUGAAAUAG